GCCAGGCCGCGCUCUGAUAGGCGGAGGCGGUUGUCAAUCACGCGGGAUGUAAAAUAGAAUGGAGGCGUGGCCUAGGGUACCGGAGUUCUGAUUGGUUGAGGGGCGUGUCUGUCAGAGCCGUUACUAAGGAGGGGUGUGUCUGUUGAGUGAAUGGCGGGCAUGUUGGUCACCGUGGUAACCGAGGGCGGGAACAUUGCUGCUUCCUGCACGCGCACUGCUGAUAAGUUAAACAUACUGUCAAUCAACUCGGUAAGAGCCGAGGGGCGGGAGCGAGAUCAGAGCUGAAUUUUGAUAGGUUUAAUCAGCUGUCAAUCAACAACAAAGCCCGGCGAGCCCCCUUCCUAUUGGCUGUGGCCGCUCCUCUUCCGCCGGCCCGGCACGGUGGCGGAAGCGGAAGCGGCCGGCGCAGCCGCGGCGGGAGGGAUGAAACCGGCUCCGGGACGGCGGCGGCGGCUCCCGGUACUGCCCGUGCUGCUGCUGCUGUUCCUGCCCUUGCUGCCCCUGGGAGCCGCAGGCCCCAAGGAUGCCGUGAUCCCACUCCAGGACGGGCACAACUUCCAGUACCAGGAAUCCCAGCGCUUCUGCUACACCAACACCCGCCCCCCGCGAUGGAACGAUGUCUGGACCAGGACACAGAUCCGCGUCACCAGCGACCGCAUGCUCCGCGUCACCCAGGUGGACAGCGAGGAGGAGCUGGAGAAGUUCAGCCUGUGGAACGUGGUCUUCUCCUUCCUGAGGGGCAAACUCAACGACACCAGCAUCGAUGUGGACCUCUACAGCAACAAAACCUGCCUGAAGGUCGAGCUGCUGGAGCCUGGCACCAGCUACAAAGUCAUCCUCUUGCGACGUUUUGAUCCUAAGCUGCUCCUUGUUUUCUUCCUGGGCCUGCUGUUGUUUUUUUGUGGGGACACUCUGAGCAGGAGCCAAAUCUUUUACUACUCAGCUGGGAUCAGUGUUGGUUUGUUGGCCUCUCUGCUUGUCCUUGUCUACAUGAUGUCCAAAGUCAUGCCCAAGAAAAGCCCUGUGUACUUCCUGCUGGUUGGAGGUUGGUCCUUUUCCCUGUACCUGCUUCAGCUGAUCUUCAAGAACCUGCAGGAGAUCUGCAAGUCCUACUGGCAGUACCUGUUGGGUUACCUGCUCUCUGUGGGCCUCCUGAGCUUCGCCGUGUGCUACAGGUACGGCCCCUUGGAGAACGAGCGCAGCAUCAACCUCCUGUCCUGGGCCCUGCAGCUCCUGGGGCUGCUGCUCAUCUACUCAGGCAUCCAGAUCCACCCCAUCGCCCUGGGCCUUGUGCUGGUGGCUUUCUGCACCAAGAACCUGGAUUACCCCUUGCAGUGGGCGUUUGCUGCCUACAGGAGGGUGCAGAGCUCCAAGCUGGGCCCGACCCCCCCUCGGCUGCUGACGGAGGAGGAAUUUCAGCUCCAGGGCGAGGUGGAGACCCGAAAGGCCCUGGCAGAGCUGAGGAGCUUCUGCAAGAGCCCCGAAUUCUCUGCCUGGACCACGGUGUCCCGCAUCCAGUCCCCUAAAAGGUUUGCUGACUUUGUGGGUGGUGCUUCCCACGUCACCCCCAACGAGGUGUCGGCCCACGAGAGGGAGUUUGGCCUGGAGAGUCUCUCCAUUGACGAGGAGCUCUUUGAGGAGGAUGAUGAUGAUGAGGAGGAUGAAGAGGAGGAAAACAUCAGUGACUCCUCUGGUGGGAAUCACAAGAGUGGUUCCCUGUUCCUCAACCAUGUGGAUGUCCAGUGAGGUACCUGAGGGUGACACACACGAGAGGAACUUUGGACCUGUCCUGUUGGUACCUGCGUGCUCAGCACCUGCCUGGAGCCGUGGUGAGGAGUGUCCUGCUCCUCCUCCUCCUCCUCCUGGUUCAGAGGUGUCAGAGGGCUCCAGCUGGUCGGGCCACACCUCUCUGCCUUGGCUUCAAUCCCGUGUGGAAACCAAAAACUCCUCCAUGGAGCUGUGGAGCCUCAGGGUCUGCUGGUGCCCCUGGAUGUGGUGUUGGGGUAGAAGCUGUGCUCAGCCCCCUCUCUCCAUGCCAGAGCUGAGGAUGAGUGUGGAUGUGCUUCCUCCCUGCCUCACUGCCCUUCUGUUACUCCUCUCCCAAAUGGGUGUGGGCAGGGACUUGGGGUGACCCCACUGAUGUUCCAGAGCUCUGGGGAGCUCUAAGCCCAAAGCUGGAGGGGACACCCCAGUCUAUGCAACUUCCUAAGCAAUAAUGCUGCCCUCACCUGCUCACAGCUCCAGCUUCUACCUCACCUGGAGCUUGUGCCAUCAGUUUGUCCCUGUCCCAGCUCUGUCCCUGUCUCAGGUCUGUCCCUGUCCCAGGUGUGCUCCCCAGCCCUUGCUGUGCUUUCCUCCCUGUUCAGGUGUGAGCAAACUCUGUUACUUCAUCCCCCCUGCUUCAGCGUGGUGGAUGACUGAUUAUAUUUUUAAUAAAGAUGUAUUUUUUA